AACCCUGCUCUCUCUCUCUCUCUCUCUCUCUCUCUCCACGCCGAUUUUCUCUCUCCACUGCAACUGCUUACUGCAAACUCGAUCCAUAAAAUUCGUCUCCACAUUUCGGGAUCUGGGUCGUCUGCACUUUCCUUAAAUACCCAAACACGGCAUAAUCUGCUUUCUUCUUUUUGAAUCUUUGUUUGUGACCCACUAAGCCUUUGAUUUCGACUUAACAGCCAGGCGAUUUAGUCGAGCAAAUACGCGCAUAAUCCGCAUUUUGAAUAACAAAGUGUGUUUCAUUCACGAUUGGACUACUCAAAUGAUCCGGGUGAAGCUUUGAUCUUUUUGACCCGGGGGACGCUUUCUCAUGGCUCAUCCAUCAGACCAGAGGUUGUGUAGCCAAGGGGCAGCGAGAUAUGUGGUGAUCUUUGUUUGCUUUUUCCUAGUUCUUUUCAUUAUGAAGCCAUCAGUCCUAUGGAGAUCCAAAGAGAGGUCAAGUGGUCUGGAUUCAUGUCCCUUGUGUUCUUGCGAUUGCGAGGAGGAUUCCAUGCUGCCAUUGCCUUUAGAUGUCCUGAAUGGCUCAAUUGCAGACUGUGGGAAAGACAACCCGGAAAUGAACGAGGAAAUGAAGAAAGACAUGAUCAGUUUACUAACAGAGGAGAUUAAGUUGUUGAAGAAUGUAACGAGUGAUAGCUUGGAGCAUACAAACGCGCUAAUCACGGGUGCCAAGAGAGCAUCUUCCCACUACCAAAGGGAAGCAGAGAAAUGUACUGCGGGAAUGGAGACGUGUGAAGAAGCUAGAGAAAGGGCACAAGCGUCAUUUAUAGAAGAGCGCAAGCUUUCUCAACUGUGGGAGAGCCGAGCCCGAGAGUUCGGAUGGAAGGAUGAGUAGUAGUAGUAGUAGUAAAGGCUUCCUGCUUGC